UUUUUAAGCAUUUUUUUAAUUUCUAAUGAAGAUUCUAAAUCAUUUAACCUUCGCAUUAUUCAAAAAAAUUUUCCUUAACCCUACUAAUUUUCCCCUAUAUUUAAUUAAAUUUAUUUUCCCCCUUACUAUACCGAUUUUUAUCAUUUUUGUGUCUACUACUAAUUUUUUUUCUUUAUCACAACCAAAUUUUUUUUCCAAUUUUUAAAUAUAAAAAUAUACUUCUAUAAAUGACUGACCGAGUUUAUAGAGUUAAUUUUUGCGCAAUCUCCCCCCUUCUUCCCAAAAAAAAGCAAGGUCGCGCGACAGCAGAUGGAAAAACAGCAGAAAAAAUGGAAGCUUUUAUUUUAUUAUUACUUCCAUUCUCUCUACUUGCACUAAUAUAUUUUUAUUUUCUUCUCCCUUUUUUAUAAGUAUUCAAAAUAAUAAAUUUAUUUUUU